AUGAUGCUGUGGUUGGCCUUCCUUCCUAUGGCCGCUGCCCUCGAUGAGGAGUGCUUGUUGCAAAGCCAGGCAGUUACAAAAGACUCAGCCGCAGAUUCUCUUGACCUCCCCGACUGCAGCGAUUUGAAGGCUAUCGAGAGCUUCUGCAAAGUGGAGGCUCAUCGUGGUCCAGCCAGGGGUUCGACCUGCACCUUCUCUUGCGAGCAUGAUGGCUCUGUGAAGAACCUUGUCCAUGGCGGCAGCAAGGGCAUUGAACUGGUUUCCGAUUCCGCCGGUGAGGAAAACCCGAUGCACACAAACUUUGUGUCACUUCCACACGUGAACUGCUACGAUGGACGUGGUGCACAUAGCUACGGCAUGGAGGACUGGAAGAGCAAGGGGUACAAAACUAGCGACAACGGAUGCGCACACGAUUGCUACCAUAAUUCUGGCUGCGGCGGCUAUGUCUAUUUCUUUGCACAAGGUAUGUGUUUCCAGCGCACCUACAUCUCUCCGGAUCCCAUCGGCGAAUGUGAGCUGGGUCAAAUUGGCACUGAGAGCUGGACGUUCACCACGAACAUCAAGAAGAAAUCAACUCCCAGAGGUCGGGGAGCUCUUGGGAGUUUUUUCGAGAUCCCGCAUGUGAAUUGUUACAAUGGACGUGGUGGAAGCGACCAGGGUGUCGAGCAAUCUCAAGGCAUCAAAGGUAGCGAAGAAGACUGCGCCAACCACUGCAACAUGGCAGAUGCGGCCUGUAGUGCGUUUGUCCAUAUGAGUGCCCAUGGAGGGUUAUGCUUCUUGCGCCGCUGGGUAUCUUCCGAUCCGGUUGGCGAAUGUGAGAAGGGGCAGAUCGGAACAGAGAGCUGGCUGUUCACCACCUAUGUCAGCUGA